AUGUGUAUCGAUUAUCGAGCACUCAACAAACAGACUAUUAAGAACCAAGUACCUUUACCGAGAAUCGAUGAAGUAUGGGAUCAGGUAGGAGGAUCGAAAUGCUUCUCCACCAUUGAUCUAAGAUCUGGGUAUCAUCAAAUAAGGUUGAGGGAUGCUGAUAUUCAAAGGACGGCAUUCCGGACUAGAUAUGAGGAUCAUCUGAACCAUCUUAGGACAAUACUGCAAAUUUUGAAGGAGCAUCAACUAUACGGAAAGCUUUCAAAGUGUAAAUUCCUUUCUCAUAAUCUUGAGUACCUGGGCCACAUAAUAAGUGAGAAUGGUAUUCAAGUGAACCCAAAGAAGAUUGAAGCUGUUCAAACAUGUGAAGCUCCUCUCAAUGUAAAGCAAAUUCAAAGCAUUCUUGGUAUUUGUAACUACUACCCGAGAUUUGUAAAGGACUUCGCGACGAUAGCAACUCCUUUAUCUAAUCUAACAAGAAAAGGUACACCUUUUCAGUGGGGGCCAUCACAAAAAGGAGCAUUUGAAGAACUGAAGAGCAAACUAAUAGAGCCUCCCGUACUUCGAUACGCAGACCCCAGUUUACCGUAUGAAGUAGCUUCUGGCGCAUCUCAAACAGGUGUUGGUGCUGUCUUGACGCAAACUGACGAAACUGGAUGCCGUCCAGUUGCAUACGCUUCACGGAAACUGAAUAUUGCAGAACAAGGAUACAGUACACAUGAAAGAGAACUUCUUGCUAUUGCGUACUCUUUACAAACUUGGAGACCAUACCUACACGGCUCAAAAUUUAAGAUACUGAUUGACCAUCAUCCAUUAAAAUACUUGGAUUCACAACGAACCUUACCUCGAAAACAAGCCCGAUGGGAUGAAUUCAUGCAAGAGUUUGACUACCACAUUGAUUACAUCAAAGGAAAGCAUAAUACCGUAGCUGAGGCAUUAUCGAGGCAGUAUCAGGAGUUGCAUCAGAAAUCGGCCAGUGUUGUGAAACAGUUGAUUAGUCUGAUAUCGCCUUGGUUGAAGUCCGUCUUUCCCAAGACGCUCCCUUUUACCACAGAUUACUUUAUCCUUUGCGCUCGGGGGUCCCCUUUUUCCUUAUCAAUUUUCCUUUAUUUCCCUAUCCUAGUUUCCCUUAAUCUUGAGUUGGUCCCACCUUGUAGGAUUGCGAUCCGCAACGUGGAUGAAAAUAUUCUCAAAAGCCUUGAACGAGAGUACAGAAAGGACCCAGAUUUCCACAAUGCGUUUGAAAACCCAACUGCUCCGUUCAGUAAGAACAAAAACCGCCUCUACUUUGAGAAUAGGCUCUGUAUUCCCAAAGGAAAGAUGAGAGAAAUCGUGUUGCACGAUAUUCACGAAUCUCUCUUUGGUGCACAUCGAGGAUUCAAAAAGACCUUACAAUAUGUCAGGAGACAUUUCUAUUGGCCUAGCAUGAACAAAGAACUACAUGAAUACAUCAAGACAUGCCCAAAGACGAAUACGAACAAAACUGCUAUACUUGUUGUUGUGGACAAACUCUCGAAACACACGCAUUUUAUUCCAAUUGAAUCAAACCACACUGCCAAAGAUACAGCAGAGGUGUUCUACAACGAGAUAUACAAACAUCACGGUCUUCCAAGAAAGAUAAUAUCAGACCGUGACACAAGAUUCACAAGUACUUUAUGGAAGGAAUUCAUGAAGGUACUACGAGUCAAGUUAAACUUAUCAACCGCCUUCCAUCCCCAAACUGAUGGACAAUCAGAAAGGGCAUUCAGAACAUUGCGAGAAAUGCUACGUUGCUUUGUAAGCUAUACGCAAAGACACUGGAGCAAGCACCUACCAGGACUUGAGUUUGCGUACAACAAUCACAUAAGUGACACAACUAAACAAACUCCUUUUUUCCUAGAGUAUGGUCAGCACCCACUCUCUGUUUCUGACGUCCUCCACUCUGAUGGGUCAGAAACUCUUACUGUGACCACACAAAGGUUUUUGGAGAACAUAAGAAGAGCCAAUGAAUUGGCAAAGCUGUCCAUCACAGCUUCGAACGAACGAAACGCCGAGCAAGUCAACAAACAUAGAGGAUAUCAUUCAUUUCUCCUAGGAGACCAAGUCAUGCUCUCGACGAAGAACUUACCACUCAAGACAGGAAGAAGCAAAACGUCAUCACCAAAGUACAUUGGACCAUUCAAAGUCAUCGACAUCCUAGCGCCCGGAAACGCAUACAAGUUGAAACUACCACAGAAAUAUCAAAAUCUUCAUCCUACAUUCCACAUAUCUCUUCUCAAACCAUAUUACGAGAAUCAAAACAGAAGAACCAUCGGACGCGAGUCUACAUUUCAGACCGGAGACAAUACCCCUACUACAAUUGACAUCAUUUCCCACCGCAGCACUCAAGACUCUAUCGAAUUCCUAGUAUCAGAAAAAUCAGGAAACAUACUUCAAGACAAAUUGAUUGAUGAACAAGACCUUCCAAGCCACAAGCCUUCUACUCAACGUUACUUCGACUCCAUCACAUACUAUCCACCGCCAAGUUUAUUCGAGGACGAAUUACUAUCUUAA